AUGCUUGGUCUGCAAGGGAUCGCUCUAGUCACAGGCGCUGCUCGAGGUAUCGGUCGAGCGACUGCUGUUGCAUUCGCGCGCGCUGGAGUGUCCGGCAUACACCUCACCGACGUGCGUAGCACGCUCCUCGAGGAUACAGCCAAGGACACUGUCAGCGUUGCCACGAAUCCGAACUUCAGAGUCUUCACCUCCGUGGUAGACACCACAAAAGAAGACCAAGUAGUUCAGAUGGUCAACGACACCAUCAAGACCUUCGGAAGGGUGGAUUACGCUGCAAAUAUUGCUGGGGUAGUGGACAUCUCAUCUGUGACCACCGAUGUGACGAUGGCGGAAUAUGAUCGUGUUAACAAUGUCAACGCUCGUGGCGUUUUCAUGUGCAUGAGGGAGGAGCUUCGGGCGAUGAUCAAGCAAGAACCCGUUGUUCACAUUCCUGGACGCCCCGCUAUCCGAGGGGCGAUCACGAACCUCGGGAGCGCCGCUGGACAACUGGCUGUUCCGGGGAUGAAUAGCUACAUUGCUUCGAAGCACGCUGUUGUCGGAAUGACGAAGGCUGCUGCUUUGAACCACGCUACGGAUGCUGUUCGAGUGAAUGUCGUCUGUCCUGGGUUCGUUGAUACUGAGAUGCUGGUGAACGUGGGGGAUAUGGUCUAUAGUGAUCGUAUUCGCGAGGCCAUUCCGAUGAAGCGACUGGCUUACCCGGAAGAGAUUGCCGACCAUGUGCUGUUUUCGGCGAGUCAGUUGUCUAGUUAUAUGACUGGUCAUGCGUGGAUAAUGGAUGGAGGUUAUAGUCUUGCCUGA